CGGCUUGAUCGCAAGGCAUGCAAUCUCUGUCAUACACAAGCUAGCGUAACAAAUACACAGACCUAAGAGAUUAUAGCUUUUUUUUUACACAGCCACACAGAUAGCUGCGAUAUUUUGUUUAAUGUUCGUUUUUUACAGCGUGACUGCUCUCUUUUCCGUACAGAUAUAAAACCAGCGCACCGGAGUAACCAGGAUGGAGUGGCAGCCAGACGAACAGGGUCUGCAGCAAGUGCUUCAGCUGCUCAAAGAUUCCCAGUCCCCAGACACAGCCACUCAGAGAGCUGUGCAAGAAAAACUGGAGCAGCUUAACCAGUUCCCUGACUUCAACAACUAUCUUAUAUUUGUCCUCACAAGCCUCAAGUCUGAGGACGAACCCACUCGCUCUCUCAGUGGUUUGAUUUUGAAGAACAACGUGAAGGCUCACUAUCAGAACUUCCCCCCUAACGUGGCUGACUUCAUCAAACGAGAAUGCCUCAACAACAUCGGAGAUCCGUCGCCGCUUAUCAGAGCUACGAUCGGGAUUUUGAUCACAACUAUAGCCUCUAAAGGAGAGCUGCAGACUUGGCCGGAGCUCUUGCCUCAACUUUGCAAUCUGCUCAACUCUGAGGACUACAACACCUGCGAGGGUUCUUUUGGAGCACUGCAGAAAAUCUGUGAGGAUUCGUCUGAGCUGUUGGACAGCGACGCUCUGAACAGACCUCUCAACAUCAUGAUCCCCAAGUUUCUCCAGUUUUUUAAACACUGCAGCCCCAAGAUCAGGUCUCAUGCUAUCGCUUGUGUGAACCAGUUCAUCAUUGGACGAGCUCAAGCUCUGAUGGAUAAUAUCGAUACUUUCAUUGAGAGUCUGUUUGCCCUGGCCGGCGACGAAGACAGUGAAGUGAGGAAGAACGUCUGCAGGGCUCUGGUUAUGCUGCUGGAAGUUCGCAUCGACCGCCUCAUUCCACACAUGCACAGCAUCAUCCAGUACAUGCUGCAGCGAACGCAGGACCCCGAUGAGAACGUGGCUCUGGAAGCCUGCGAGUUCUGGCUCACUCUGGCUGAGCAGCCCAUCUGUAAAGAGGCCCUGUCUGGACACUUGGUCCAACUGAUUCCCAUCUUAGUGAACGGGAUGAAAUACUCAGAGAUCGACAUCAUCCUCCUAAAAGGAGACGUCGAAGAGGACGAGACGAUUCCCGAUAGCGAGCAGGACAUCAAGCCUCGCUUCCACAAGUCUCGCACCGUGACUCUGCAACACGAGGGCGGGGAGGGCGAGGAGGGCGAGGACAUAGACGAAGACGAGGACGACGACGACGACACGUUGUCUGACUGGAAUCUUCGAAAAUGCUCGGCUGCGGCUCUGGACGUUCUGGCCAACGUGUUUCGUGAGGAGCUGCUUCCACAUCUGCUGCCUCUCCUCAAAGGCCUGCUGUUCCAUCCUGACUGGGUCAUCAAGGAGUCUGGCAUCUUGGUGCUUGGCGCCAUCGCUGAGGGCUGCAUGCAGGGAAUGGUUCCCUACUUGCCAGAGCUGAUUCCUCAUCUCAUCCAGUGCUUAUGUGACAAGAAGGCUCUGGUGCGCUCCAUCGCCUGCUGGACCCUGAGUCGCUACGCCCACUGGGUGGUCAGCCAGCCUCCCGACGCCCACCUCAAGCCCCUCAUGACCGAGCUUCUCAAACGCAUCCUGGAUGGAAACAAAAGGGUGCAGGAAGCGGCGUGCAGCGCCUUCGCCACCCUGGAGGAGGAGGCGUGCACCGAGCUGGUGCCGUACCUCAGCUUCAUCCUGGACACGCUGGUUUUCGCUUUCGGGAAAUAUCAGCACAAGAAUCUGCUGAUCCUCUACGACGCUAUAGGAACGCUGGCUGAUUCUGUGGGACACCACCUCAACCAGCCUGAGUACAUCCAAAAGCUGAUGCCGCCUCUUAUAGCCAAAUGGAAUGAGCUGAAGGACGAGGACAAAGACCUGUUUCCUCUGCUGGAGUGUCUGUCGUCGGUGGCCACGGCGCUGCAGAGCGGCUUCCUCCCGUACUGCGAACCUGUGUAUCAGCGCUGCGUGACCCUGGUCCAGAAGACGCUGGCUCAGGCCAUGAUGUACAGUCAGCAGCCAGACCAGUAUGAAGCACCAGAUAAGGACUUCAUGAUUGUGGCCCUGGAUCUAUUAAGCGGGUUGGCCGAGGGACUCGGGGGCCACGUCGACACGCUGGUGGCCCGCAGCAACAUCAUGACCCUGUUGUUCCAGUGCAUGCAGGAUACGAUGCCUGAAGUGAGGCAGAGUUCAUUUGCUCUGCUGGGUGACCUGACCAAGGCCUGCUUCCCUCACGUCAAACCGUGUAUCGCUGAAUUUAUGCCGAUCCUCGGGACAAAUCUGAACCCAGAAUUCAUCUCGGUGUGCAACAACGCCACCUGGGCCAUCGGGGAUCUGCAUGGGAGAUGUGCGACCUCUGCUUCGACAUCUGAUGCUGGUUAAACUUCAGACAUUGUGCGUCUGACCUUGUUCUUUCUUCUCCCGUCAGGAGUGGAGAUGCAGCCAUACAUAGCUAUGGUUCUAAACCAGCUGGUCGAGAUCAUUAACCGACCCAACACACCCAAAACCCUGCUGGAAAACACAGCCAUCACCAUCGGGAGACUGGGUUACGUUUGCCCUCAGGAGGUCGCCCCCAUGCUGCCGCAGUUCAUCCGACCCUGGUGCACGUCUCUCCGCAACAUCCGAGACAACGAGGAGAAAGACUCUGCCUUUCGUGGGAUUUGCAUAAUGAUCGGCGUGAAUCCCGGAGGCGUGGUGCAGGAUUUCAUCUUCUUCUGUGACGCCGUGGCCUCCUGGGUGAACCCUAAGGAUGAUCUGAGAGACAUGUUCUACAAGAUCCUCCACGGUUUCAAGGAGCAGGUCGGGGAGGAGAACUGGCAGCAGUUUUCAGAGCAGUUCCCCCCACUGCUAAAGGAGAGAUUGGCAGCCUGCUACGGCGUUUAGGUUCUCCACACCCACCCAAUAGGUGAGCCAGCAGGAGGAGGGUGAAUGGGAAACUCAUCCAUCUGUGUAUUGCACGGCCCUGAUCUGGGGGGAGGGAGAAGGGACGCUUUUGGCCGCUCCCCCUGAUGGACGGCCCCCACGCCCUAUGUGUUUGUCCAUAGAGGGAGGGUGCGCGGGUGGGAGGGAGGGACAGGGGGGACACCUCUAGAUUAACUAGGCAGGGACCUGACACAGAAAAAAAACAAAAAAAAAAACAACUAACUGGUAGGGACAGAUAGAGGAGGAGGACACCAGCUGGAAAAGAGAGCAGCACAAGGAAAAGUUCAGGGACAGACAGGGAGGGGACUCACUAACGAGGCAGGGACAGCAGGAGGCUUGUUUCCUGGCUGGAACGACAGGGAAAGGUAGGAUUUUAAUGGGAUUCUUAAACUUAAACGAGUAGCUGGUUGCUCAACAGACUCAGACAUUAAGUUGCACAUGCAGUACCUGGGACAGACUGUGGGUGGCACUGUGGUUUAGACUUUUUUACAGACCUACUACACGUAGCUAGGGACAGACAGGUAAAAAAAAAAAAAAACCUCUCUAUUAACUUCAUUUUUCUGGGGGAAUAGGAUUCGAUAUCAAAUACUCCAUCUGUGCUCCACCCGAUUCUGCUUCUCUGUAAGAUGAUCUAUCCUCAUCCAUGUUUCCCACCUUUCAUUCUUACCAGAGUGCUGCUUUACAGAGCUAUCAUCCAUCACACGUAUUGCUGUCCACUUGUCUUUUUUCUACCUGAUCGAACAAGACAGACAGAGAGAGAGAGAGAGUGCGGGGAAGCCUUUUCCCACCGAAAACAAACCAUUCCUCUGGGAAGGGGGGCUUAGGGCUAACAGUUCCAUUUUCUCACCUGAGCGGGAGGAAAUCGUACAAAGAAAAUGCAUCCUUAGUUUUGUCUCCAAGGUUCGGCUCGACGCGUGCAUGUUGCAAGUUUGUAAAUCCUGAUUUCGGCAUUCUUUAACGGUGUGUGAAAUGUGUAUUUUUUUAUUUUUUGUAUUUGUUUUUGGACAUGGUACCGAGCUAAAACUUGACUCCCCACCGCAAUGUCCUUGGCACCUGUUGACUGUGACCAAGUGUUUGUGUGUGUUUGUGUGCGUGCGCGCGCAUGUGACUGAGUGUGUGUGUAUGCGUCUGUCUACAUUCGUGUUGAUAUCCAUUUGAUGCCAUAUUGAUAUCUUUAGUAAAACUGAUUGGUUGUGAUCUUUAUAAUGUUUUAUAAUUGGUCUUUUUGUUUUCUUUUUUUCUUUUUUUUUUGCUGCUACUGAUGAGUUUUGUUUCUGUAGUGAACUGAAAUUCACACACUUAACACAAAAAUUGAAUUGAUGCUAUAUUCAGUGACUGUUAAGUUGUUUUUUUGCACUUUUUAUUUUAUUCAGUUUUUUAUUUUAUUAUUUGUAUGGUAUAUUUUUUUUAAGAACUUCACCCAUAUGAUAUGUCUUGACCCUAAUGUCAGUGUUUGUCAUACUGUGUUGCACUGUGAAAUUAAGUGUCUUUGACUGGCAAAAAUAUCUCAAUACUAAAUGGCAAAUAAAAGCAAGUUUGUGAAACUGCGACUAAUCCGCACUUUUACAAUUACUAACCUUGCCAUAAUGCCGUGUGUCUGUGUGUGUGUGUGUGAGAGAGAGAGAUCCUGCAUGAGAGAGAGCAUGAGGAGAUUCAGUAUUUGCCAAUAAGCAUGUUUGAUGGAAGAGUGUGUGGUAAGGUCAAAAGAAGAGAUGUAGCCUGUCUUAGCAUAGUUUGUAUGCAUGCUCUGUCUUUCCACAGUAAAGAUGUGCAGUGCCUUGCAAAAGUAUUUACACCUCUUCAAUCUUUAUACAUGUUGUCUGCAAACUACAGACUUUAGUGUAUUUUAUCAGACCUUUACGAGAGCCCAACCCAAAGGAGCAUAUAAUAAUAAAAACAUUUCGGUCUUUUCUGCUCUGUAAAGUGGAUCAGUAGCAACAACCACAACUACUACUACCCAACUGGGAAAUGAAAUUCGAGUUGGGUCAAGGUCGGGACCUUCAGCACUUCUCCUACGCUUUGCUUCAUCCAGAGGGUCUUGACUUUUGAGAAGCAAUUGCUUCUCGGAGGCGUAGAGUUUGUUCACGUCUUAAAGGUUGCCCAGUCGCUAACGGUUGUCCAUAACGUAGCCGUCCUCCACUGCAAAGAGAGAAGUGCCAAGCUGAACGAGGCAGCUGUCAACGUUAAUUCAGUACUUGGACGUGUGACCGAACGGCUUCGUUCACCUCCUCUAUUCUAAAACUGCAGAAAAUUGACAUCAUUCUCAACUUCUCCUUCUGUUCGCUGAUUGGCCUGGUCAAAAAUCUAUUGGGGAGAAUCCCCUUCAAUGGGAGAAAGCCCAGAAUGAGCAGUGAAGAGAGAUCAGAAUUUAGAAGCCAGUGGCUGGGCUAGCUUGGAACUUUGACUGGGCCAUAUUUUGAGUUUUUGUAGCCUCAAACUGGUUUUCUUCCAGUAUCACCUCAGCAUCAUACUGAAUUGUAGAUCUCUGUGACUUAUCCGGAGUCUCCAUGAGCUUCUUGUAAGAUUUUCCAGUGACAUCGUGUCUAUUAUGUUGAGUGUCAACUUAUAUGGAUGACCCUUUUGGGAUUGAGUAAACAAAGCUCUGUGGGACAUUCACAGCUCAACACCUUGUGUUACAACAUGUGACUGUUGUCUGCUGAGAUCAUAAUACAAACUACUCACUUCAAUGCUUUUGAGAACAGUUGUAAACAGCAUAUGGCGGCAUUGUUGUAAUAACAUGCUGAAAAUGGAGAGUUGGAAAAAAGUAGUAGCUUCUUAAAGAGACAGAGGCCAAUUUCAAAGUAGUUUGCGAAGUCAGAUUUCUUUGAUGUCAUGUUUGACAUGUGCAGCAUUUUUAUAACAUCUGAAGCUAACAGUCACUUGAUUGUGCUACAAAAUAAUAUACUUCCUCUAUAAACUUCUCCUGAACUUUUCUCCCUGUCCCGUCUGUUCCACAUCCAUAGAUGCGCACCACACUUUUCAGAUACUCAGUUUUAAAAAUUUAAAGCCAAUGCCUCAAUCCCUUUUCACCUCACAAUCACACACUACCUUGUGUCAACUCAUCUAAUGCCAUUCCAAUAAAUAGGUGUGUCAAUACCUGUAAGAGGACGAAAUGUGGAAAAGCUCAACAGGUAUGAAUCCUUUAGCAACGCACUGUACGGGUGUGUGUGCAGUAGUGCAUGUUUGGUGUAUGUUUCAGAGUAUUAUGACUGCCCUUUACACACCAACACACCACCUCGGCUCACAAGCAGAAAGGGACGGUACAUUUAGAAACAAAGCUAGGACACUGCCAAAGAGCAACAGCCACUAAAUUAGAAGGUUGGAUUAGAAGCAGAGGCCACCUGGAGCGUGAUGCGGACACACAGGUACAGCCGGACUGUAGGGAUGAUCUCUGAUCACGAUUCUGCCAGCAAAAUUCAACACAGGGAAGCGCGUUAAUUUUUUUAAAUGUUUAUUGUUAUUAUUAUUUUCUGGCUCAUAGAUAUUUAGAUGCAGACAAAUGAUUUGACCUAGACUGUGACCAUUAAGAUAAUUGAACCAAUCAUCUGUCACUUAAAACGGGAGACAAUCUGAGUCUGUUUCCUUUCUCUCAGUUCAGAUUGUGAGCAAUGUUUUUUUUUAAUAUAUAAUAAAUGUCUCAACGGCUCAGUAUUUUAAAGUGAUUUCAUGUGCUUCUCUGAUGUUUUCUAGUUCCAUGAGAUUUUUGUGUCGUGAACUUUUUAAUGAUACUGUAGAAAUCUGGUUACGGACCAGUGACGAAUACAAGUAGGGAGAGGAGACAUGUUUUGUUAUUUUCGUUUUUUAAUUUAUGUUAAUGUAAUAAGAAGCAUGAUACUGGGUAAGAUUUAAACUUUUAACAUGAAACAUCAGCCUGAUUUAUAAUAAAGCAAAAAGACUUUGGUACCUGCCUUUAAUCUGUUUCCCUCCAUUUAUUAUAAUUUGGGAGUAGAAAUGAAAUAGUUUUGAGGUGAUUUUAAUCCCUUUAUGGUUUGUGUGUAAAACUGACUGAAAAUCCAGCUGGAUUGUGGAUUACCUGAAAUAAAUGUUCUUGUCAUGCAUGCUGAGAAAUGGCUAAUAUAAUUUUUGGUGCUUCUUAUUUUUUUACGUUAAUGUUUUUGUUUUUUUACUAUUCUGUUUCAAGUAAAUAACACAGUUCCUGAUAUAUGAACUCUCAAAUUAAAAAUCAAUGUAAAAUGGA